CAUCAAUCACGUGAAGCAAUUUUGGCUGAACGUUUUGUUGGUUUAAAGACAUUCCGCACAUUUAACCUUUACUCCUUUUCCAGUUGUUAUUGAUUGAACUCUUCUAUAGCUCCUAUAACACAUUCUAACUGGGUAAACUUCCUACACUGCAUGCAGCUCUCGUUAUUCUGUGUUUUUCUUUGUAACUUUCAAUAGUUUUUUAGUAACUUUUAACUGUAGCUCUUUUAGUUUUCCUGGUUCCAACAACCAGAAAGGAAAUACAUAUAAAACUGGCCACACGUGUUCAGUGUGAAGUAGGACUUCAAGGGGGCAACUUUGCCAGAAGCCAAAUGAAACAUAAUAGAACACAAUAUUUGAAAACAAUGACAUAUUAGAAGGAGCACAGUAAUAUAAACCUGUGAUUUGCCUAGAAGCUGGAGCUGCUGUUAUGGAAAAUGGAAACUUCAAUGGCCGCACCAGGUUCACCUCUGAGUGUGUUUGCCCUGCGUCUGGGCCCAGGACAGGAGUUACUCUCCUCUUUGCAGGCAUUUGUAGAGGAGAAGCAGCUCAAAGCUCCAUUCAUCAUCACAUGUGUGGGCAGCGUGACAAAGGCAACACUACGAUUGGCCAAUGCAACAGCAGACAACACCAAUCAGGUGAUUCAGCUGCAAGAAUGCUUUGAGAUUGUAUCUCUGGUAGGCACACUAAACACCGAAGCUCAUCUUCACAUCUGCCUGGCUGAUAAGGAGGGUCGAACCGUUGGCGGUCACGUGCUGGGUGACCUGGAAGUGUUCACUACAGCAGAAGUGAUUCUAGGGGAAGCCACUGAUCUGUACUUUACCAGAGAGAUGGACAGCAGGACCGGCUUUCCUGAGCUGGUCAUUCAAAAGCGUCUUGAGCAGACAUGACCUAUUUUAGUGCACUACUGAGAAUGAUCUGUGGACAGGAUGUUUAGAUGUACAGUAAUUCAAUAUAAUACAAAGACUUCUUGUAUUAUAAACCGCCAUAAAUCUUCAUUUUACAUAGUGUAUUCUUACAAAUCAAGCAUUAACUGAUUAAUUGUAAUGAAGAGUUGGAUGAAUUAAAGGUUAAGGACUGACUUUUUGUUUUUAAAAGUGUAUUCUGGGGUUCACAAAAGAGAAUAGAUUAAAAUGAUGAUUAGGCCAUCAGGUGAAUGAAUGGUCGGGCACCAUGAGGCAUUAUGUGGUCUAAAGCAGUUAGUGGACAAAAGCAGUUAGUGCACUUCUGAAAAGAGAGAAAGUGCCAAGGUGAAUCAACACAGUAUUACACAGUCUAAUAUUUUAUUACUGCAAUGUAAUAAAGAUGUGAUUGUAUAAUGA